CUGGUUCUGGUUCCUCACAUUAAGGUCAGCAGCUCAGACUCUGAUGGUUCUGAAAGUCCGACGCUCCUGAGAUCCAACCGGGUCGGUUCUGAUGGAGGAAUCGGAUCAAUAAUCAUUAAUCUAUUAUUAAUUCUGUCGCAGCGCCAUGCCCUCCCCCCCCCCCCACAGUGGGCCGGUCCGGAUGAGGGGGGCGGGGGGGCGUGUUGUCACCGCGCGCGCGUGCCCGUGCGGUAUAUGUGGGAGUGAACAGCAGCAGCGGAGUCAUCGGUCGGAACCGGAGCCGCUGGAUGCUUCUGCCCAGCGGGACGCGAACAGGAACUGACCAAUCAGCAGGCAUGAUGAUGCCCAAGCAGCCGGCGCAGACGUCUCCCGGCAGCGUCUUGUCGCUCAGAGGGACCGGCGUUCCCGGAUCGCCCGCCGCCGCCAUCGUGGCCCGGGUGGAGGACGGCGUCAUCGGCUACAAGGACCUGGCGGCGCUGCCCAGAGACAAAGCCAUCCUGGACAUCGAGAGACCCGACCUGAUGAUCUACCAACCGCACUACAGCUACAGCCCUCUGGAGAGGUCUUUGUCUCCGCGCUCCAUCUCUCCGCCUGCCUCGCCAGAGAACUCGUCCAAGGAGUCCAGGGACUGGCUGGAGAACCGGUCACCUGGCGGUUCUUCACCCGGUUCCACCAUCCAGAGCAGCAGAACCCAGAGCUCACACACUCCACCGGCGCUGAACACACCCAUUGCCACCAACACACACCCGGCAGGCAGCAAGAGCGCCAUGCAGCAUUUCCACCGACCCGAAAACGGCUCCAACAUCUAUAAGAAGCCUCCCAUCUACAGGCAGGACGUCUCGUCCUCGCCCGUCCCUCAGGGGAAACACAUCGAGGAUCUGAUCAUCGAGUCGUCAAAGUUCCCAGCAGCUCAGCCUCCAGAUCCCAACCAGCCGUCCAAAAUCGAGACCGACUACUGGCCCUGCCCCCCGUCACUGGCCGUGAUCGAGAAAGAGAGUCAGAGGAAGGAUCAGCGGGAGGAAGAGGAGGAGGAUGAAGGGGAGCUGGAGGACGAGCUGUGGGGCCUCCGGGCCCUGCAGAACCAGGAGCUGAACAAGAUCCAGUCCAACCUCGGGAAAAUCAUCCUGAAGGAAGAACUGGGGAAGUCUGCGGGUCCGCUGAGGAGGAAAACCCGUUCACUGCCGGACCGGAACCGGAACACCGGCUCCGGCGCCUCCAGGUCGGUGUAUUUCCCAGCAUCCUCCAGGAGCGGCCUGUCCCGGCUGCAGUCUGCUGAGUUCGGCUCUGCAGAGAAAAACCCGGCAGGUCUGCAGAACGGAGACUCCAGGAUGGACCGGGGGAACUCCCUGCCCAGCAUGCUGGAGCACAAGAUUUACCCGUAUGAGAUGCUGGUGGUGACCCACAGAGGGCGCAGCAAGCUGCCCCCCGGGGUGGACCGGACCCGCCUGGAGAGACAUCUGUCCCCGGAGGAGUUCCUCAGCGUCUUCAGGAUGUCCAUCGAGGACUUCGACCGCCUCUCCCUCUGGAAGAGGAACGAGAUGAAGAAGAAAGUCUGUCUCUUCUGACCUUCCCAGAACCCCCUGCUUUCUCCCGGACGGCCCGGCGGGAAGCCGGACGGACUGCGGCCGCGACCUCCGGACCGCCGGACUCCUGGGUUCGUGGACGGCUUGGGGCGGGCUGUCGGGUUCUGCUGCGUCACUUUAGCGUCACCGGUUCCUCCAGCCGCAGAACACCAGCUUCACUAAACUAGCUAGCGCACAAACUGUCCGGCUAACGGGGGAGACCCAGCUGCUGGGUUCUGGUUCUGAAUCCUGGAAUCCGCCACAAACAGCAGAAAGUCUCAACAUUCCUCUGACCCCGAGUCAGGUCCCUGAUGGCCUCCUAUUGGCUAAGCCAGCGAUGAUGUCACAAUGACGGCGUUUCUUUCCCAGCAGCGAAGAAGAAAAACGAGGAUUGAAGCUGAUCGCACAGACUGGAGCCAAAAUCCAGACCAAAACAAGUUAACAGCUAAAAUAAUGAUCGGUAAUCCACAUGAACUAUCGAUUAUUUUCAAAGAUUGCUUGAUUGUUUUGAUAAAUAACCAACUAUUCUGAUGAUUAAUUGGUUAUUUCAAACGAUUAAUCUAUCAUUUUUGAUGAAUAAUCAAUUAUUUGGACAAAUAAUUUCAUAUUCCAAUAACUAACAUUCUGCUAAUUGAUUAUGUUGAACAUUAAUCAAUUAUUCUGACAAAUAGUCAAUUCGUCUGAUGAUUAAUCUGUUAUUGCAAAGAUUAAUCAACUAUUUUGACUUUUAAUCGAUUAAUCUGAUAAAUAUUUGGUAUAUUCUGGAGAUUUUUUCAUUUUAUUGCAUAAGCAUUUUUACACAAUGUUGGAAAAACAUAAAAUAUAACUAAAGACUUCUUUUCCUUUUUAAAUAAGAAAAUUAACGUUGUGUUGCCUAAAAUGCUAAACUAAUGUAUUUCUACAGUGAACAGAUUAUUUGUUAAUCUGCAGAUUAAAAACUACUUAAAACAUCAAGAUGAGAAAAACUUUCCAUGCAGUGUAGAUCUGAUCUGGGGAUUAUUUAUUGGAUUGACUGAUUAAUAAUCUGACUGUUGAGGACAUUUUAUUAUUAUCCAACAUGUUUUUACAGAACGUGAAGCUGAAACUGCCUCUGCAGGAGUUCUGGGAAAAACAGAUUUAUUUUUUAUCUAAAAUACUACAUUUACAUAUUUUUGAACAGUUUUGGCUAAUUUACCCUUUUUGCCUGUAGUUAAUAUUCCGUUAAUGAUUAAUUGAUUAAUAAAUGAUUAUUUCCUGGUCCCAGUAAACCCAGCUCACCGUACUGGUUCCAGUUCAGCUCCAGUCUGAGCCGUGAUCCAACCUCCUCGUUUUUCUUUAUUCGUUCUUCAGCAGAAACCACUGCCACACACACACACACACACACACACACACACUGAGACAUGGCCCAGCGGUGGGAAACGUCCAGUUCGGCUCUCGUUGCUUCGUGACCAAACGAUGUGCAGCUAUUUUUCAGAAAGUGGCAUGUUUGUUAUGAAUUCAUCUAAAAAUGU